AUGUCUGCCGUCGCAGGCCCCAUCGCGCCCACCGCUUCGCCGACGGCGAGUCGCAAAGCCUCCACGAGCACCGACACCAAGGAGAAGGAGAAGAGAUACAAGUGCCAGUUCUGCAACCGCGCAUUCUCGCGCUCAGAGCACCGUUCGCGCCAUGAGAGAUCUCACACCAAGGAACGCCCGUUCAAGUGCAUGAAAUGUCGCAGCACCUUCGUCCGUCGCGACCUGCUACUGCGUCACGACCGCACCGUCCACGCAAAGGAUGGCGGCGUCCCACUGCAGAGCGAGGCCAAACGCCGCAAUACCGGCAACAAGUCAUCGCAAAUUGACGAUGCUCCAUCAAACAAGCUACCUGAGCUCGACGACACUUCCCUCGAGCAGUUCACCGACGGCGCCAACCCCUUCGACGUCGAGCAGGCUGCCAUGUUGAUGACCAACUUCCAGCAAAAGGCCGCCCUCUCUGGCCAGGACCAGGCCAGCAUCACUGCAGAGCCGCUCAUCUCACCGCAUGGCCCUCAGAUGAUGGAGCCAUCGAUUCCGUCGUAUCCCGGCUCGAUGACUCUCCCUCAAAUGCACGGUUGGGAUCAAAUGCUGCCGCAGAAUGUGUCGCAGCCUAAGGCAUCGUCGACCUCGUCCAACGGCGGCGAUCAUCACGACAUGAUGCCGUAUUCGAAUGGAAACCCAUUGGCGGCCGUCAGCAGCACACUGCCGCCAUUGAUGGAGCGUGGUCAAAGCCAGCAAGAUGGUCUACCCUCGUUUGGUUCAUCAUCCAUAAUGGGAGGCCUGGCCACUCCCGGUGCCUUGUCGCCUUUCCCUUCGAUGAUUGGACCUGUCUCACCUGUCGACUACAGACGCUCGCCCGGUCCAGCGCAACAGUGUACGAUGGCGAGAGCACCACAAGUCGAAACUGAAGACCAAGUCAACCGCAUCAUGGACAACAUUCGCCACUGCGAUAGUGAAGGUGCCCUGGUCGAGACAUUCCGUCUACCGCAGACGUCUGUCCUCAACCGAUACUUGUCGACCUACUUCAACUUCUUCCACCAUCACCUGCCCUUCCUGCAUCCAGCAUCUUUUGACCCAGCGGGCGUCUCUGCGCCUCUGCUGCUGUCUGUCCUGUCCAUCGGCGCAUUGUACACGUUUGAACAGGAUCAGGCCUACAUGCUUCACAUCGGAUCCAAGGUGCUCGUCACGCAGUUCCUGCAGAAGAAGGACAACUUCAGCUCGCGCAAGUGUCCUCUCUGGAUGAUGCAAAGCUCGCUCCUGAACAUGAGCUUCGCCAGCUGGAGCGGUGAUCCCAAGGGUCUCGAGUGGGCGUGCUCAAUCAAGUCACUCCUCGCGAACAUGGUUGCAGGCAACAGAUACGAGCUGAAGCUACGUAGCGAAGCUAGAGAAGGACGGCAGCCAACGCACGAUGAGUGGAUCGAGGAUGAAGGUUGUCGUCGAACGUACUAUGCAGUGUACAUCUUCUUCGGCUUGCUGACUCUGACCUACAACCACACUCCUGCCAUCAGCUUCAACGAAUUCGACACAUUGGAGUUGCCGUCAUCAGAAACUCUCUGGAACUUGGAAGCAUCCGACAAUGACAGCUGGAUCGAAAGCUUGACCGCGUCAACGAUCAUCACCUUCCGCGAGGCACACGAUGCCCUCUUCUCCGGCGAGAACGCACGCUACAGCGCCUUUGCUACCAGAGUCAUGAUCAACGCACUCUUCCUCGAAGUUUGGUACCACAAGCGCAGCCCUGAGGCAUUGCAAGACGUCGUCACCGAGUAUAAGCUUCGUCUGGCGCUCGACACUUGGGAGAAGUCGCUUGAGCUGUGCGAGCCUGAGACAGUCGUGGUGCAGCUCAGUGCUCCUCACAAGGGUCACCCCCUCAUUUUCAACGCCAUGGCGAUGUAUCGCAACACCCGAGCGAGACUACUGGUCGACCUCAAGGCUGUUCAAGAAGCGUUGCGCUACCAUGACUCCUACGAAGUCGCUGCUGCAAUGACACAUGCUCGCGACAAGGUCAAGAGAUCGCAGGAAAUGCUCAACGUCAUCCAGGCAUGCUUCGACUGCAUUGAAGUGGCGGCCUUGCAAGGAAUUAGAUGGGUGGCCCGAACUUCAGCAACCAACUGGAGUAUCGAGCACCCACUUUGCGGUUUGGACUUGAUCGUGAUCCUCAGCCUGUGGUUGUGGCGCGUCGAGCAUGACGAUGAGCCUGCCACAGAGGAAGAGACCGCCAUGUACCAGAAGUUGCGCAGCCUCUUCGACGAUGAUACCGUGGACGGCUUUGGGUCCAAACUCAGCUCCACGGUGGCUCGUCUAUGGGGAAGCAUGAUCGACGAAGUCGUCGUCUGGGGCAUCACCAAGCUGAUGGGCGAAUCCUUCAAACUCCACUCCCAGGCACUGAUCGGUUACGAAGACGCUCUCAUGGCCGAACAGAACAACGGCACACCACCCACCAUCGCUCCCCACGCCACCGAAGUCACGGCCUACUAA